GAGCGCGAGGGGAAGGGCGCGUUCAGGCAGAAUAUUAUUGCUUCCUAAGGCUGCUAUGAAUCCCAUAGCACAUUCUGAGCAACAACUCCCUGCCACCGCCACAUGGAAGAAUGCCCACAUCCUUGUGGGUGUGACUGGAAGUGUGGCUGCCUUAAAGUUACCUCUUCUUGUAUCUGAGCUCUUGAAGAUACCUGGAGUGGAAGUGCGGGUGGUGACCACGGAGAAUGCAAAGCACUUCUACAACCCUGCUGAGAUUCCUGUAUCCCUCUACAGUGAUGCCAAUGAAUGGCAGAUGUGGAAACGGCGCACGGAUCCUGUGCUGCACAUUGACCUGAGGCGCUGGGCCGAUCUCAUGCUGGUGGCUCCUCUGGAUGCAAACACCCUGGCCAAAAUGGCUAACGGCCUCUGUGACAAUUUACUGACGUGCGUCACCCGUGCCUGGGAUCUGAGCAAACCACUGCUCUUCUGCCCUGCCAUGAACACAGCUAUGUGGGAGCACCCCAUCACCAGUGAGCAGGUGCAGCGGCUCAAAGGCUUUGGCUACACGGAGAUUCCUUGCAUCGUGAAGAAACUCAUUUGUGGCGACGAAGGUCUCGGUGCCAUGGCAGAGGUGCCAACCAUCGUGGAGAAAGUCAAGGCGAUCCUGUUGCAGCAGGGCCUGCUGGAACAGAGCUGAUCUCCAGGUAGAGACAGCCUUUCCUCCUCCUCCUCCUCCUGGGCUGUUUUGGGCCAGCAGACAGACGGCAAGAGCGGACGCAGUAGCGAAGCCCACAUGGUUGGAUCUAAUCCUGACCAGCUGCUCUGACUCAGCGACGCCGGGGACCUCUUGCGACUGAAUUCAGGCAUGUUGAGUUUGGAGAAGGGAUGCCUUGUAGUCCCUGCUGUGCAAUUCCAAUGCUUGUUCCUGCCUGAAGAGGGAGGUGCAGGCUACGGAAAAAAAUGCUGGCGGGUCUUCAGAGCCUCUAGAUAACGAGAGGCGAAGGAUACAAAGAUGUGUGGCGGCAGGCAGGGGGCAGCACUGUGAGCAUCCGCUAAAGUUCUGUUCCUCAUUAGGCAGCUGAUGGGUCACACAGGAGAUGCACCAGCCCUCUCUCUCUCUCUUGUUCUGCUGCGUGUUUUUCCUUGUUACUGCCAGAGCUAUAGUCUAAGCUUCUGCAUUACUUUUUGGCUGGUACACAAGCUUUUUGACCCCUGAGGGCCAGAUCUGAUGUCAACUGAGGGGGGGGGGAGCAGGGGGCACACAUUUCUUUCUCUUUCUCCCAUCCACCCUUGCAUAUCUCUUCUCCCUGCCUGCUGAGAUCUAGCAAUCAAUCUCUCUCUCUCUCUCUCUCUGUAGGUAAAAACCUUUCUCAUCCCCCAGCAAUUGCCACUGAGACUGCUGUUUCUACGCCUCUACUAGCUGUGGGAAUGCAGUGAUUUCGGAAGCCAGGGUAGAGCUGAAGCCAGAGUAUUGGGCUUAUUGGUUGGGCUGUAGGGAACGGGGAAGCCAGAGUAUUGGGCUUAUUGGUUGGGCUGUAGGGAACAGGGAAGCCAGAGUAUUGGGCUUAUUGGUUGGGCUGUAGGGAACGGGGAAGCCAGAGUAUUGGGCUUAUUGGUUGGGCUGUAGGGAACGGGGAAGCCAGAGUAUUGGGCUUAUUGGUUGGGCUGUAGGGAACGGGGAAGCCAGAGUAUUGGGCUUAUUGGUUGGGCUGUAGGGAACGGGGAAGCCAGAGUAUUGGGCUUAUUGGUUGGGCUGAUCAGCCGAGUCAAGAAUGAGACUGAGUCUUGCCAGCUUCAGGGAUGGGGGGCACAUGGGAGCAGCCAAAGAUUGCGCACCCCUGCUUUGUGGUGAGACUCUUGCAGGCAUGCCCACUCCCACAAGGAAAGAUGGCGGGUGGGGUGUGCAUGACUCCUGGUUCCCAGGCAGGCAAAAGGGGCCUGAUCAUGGAGUAGAGCUGGCCAGCAAAACCGUUCCAUUGAGUAAUGCUCACCAAUGUAAAAAAGAAGAGGCUGUCAGCUGCGGAGCCUUUUCCCUCGCAGGGAGGCGAGGGUGGUGCUGUAGAAAGUCCAAGGGAGCAGCCGUAAAUAUUCAGAGCGGUUUCUUUGGGGUGGCCUUUGCACCUGGGCUUUCGCGCAGGGUUAGAACGCAGCUCUUUUACAAGCACCCCGGGGAGAGGUUUUCGUCGGCUCCCCUUCUGCCAUUAGCCUUUGCUCUGCCCUGCCGACUGAUGCGUAGGAACGUGGGCAUCAUCAAAGAGCAGAGAGCAAACAGAAAACUCCACGGGAGAGGUUUUCUUGGGUCUCGCCGCUGAUUCCGCCUGGCUUUUUUGGCACGUUGAUUUGGGGCCCUGGGUGCAAGGGGGUGGGGUGGUCGGUCAGGAGGCCUGGGAAUGCUUUUGCUGAGAAAUGGAACAAACUUUCCCAAACCCCUCGCGAUUGAAGAUUAACAGCUUGUUGCGCAGGAAUUGGGAAAGCGACCUCCACUAUCCAGGCUUGAAUUACCGGGGUGGGGUGGGGAAUCCAAGGCUGCCCCUCUUCCUUUGAUCCCUGCCCAUGGGCAGCUGUCAGGCUGGGUCAGUGGCCUGUCGUAGAAAUAAAACCACUCAUGUGUUUGUUUGUCCCCCCCCCCCCCCAAAAAAAAAUAACCCCAACUGCCCCAAAAACCGGUCCGGCACAAACAUGCACUCCUGGUACAAAAUGUUCAUGUUCAUGCUUCACACAGGCUGAUCUUUGCACUGCUACGCCCAAGGUCAACGCCGAAUCCUUUAUUGAUUUCUUACAAAUAAAAACCUCCCUGGACUUUUCCCAUCUUGCCUUCUUUGUUACGGGGCCGCUGUAGCCAGUCCGAGGCUCGAGGGGUGGUGUUAAGGGCAGGGCUCCUUCCGAGUAGUUAUAAGCAUUCAGUAGCAGAGUAUGUGAGCUUUGCAUGCAGGAAAGGUCCCACCUUCGACCCUAGAGUUAAAAGAUUGAAGCCAGGACUAGAAUUGUAGAGUUGGAAGGGGCCUAUAAGGCCAUCGAGUCCAACCCCCUGCGCAAUGCAGGAAUCCACCUUAAAGCAUCCCUGACAGUUGGUUGUACUGCUCUAACAGGAAGUUUUUCUUGAUGUCCAGCUGGAAUCUGGUUUCCUGUAACUUGAGCCCAUUAUUCUGCGUCACUCUGGGAUAAUUAAGAAGAGAUCCUGGCCCUCCUCUGUGUGACAACCUCUCAAGUAUUUGAAGAGUGCUCUCAUGUCUCCCCUCAGUCUCCUCUUCUCCAGGCUAAACGUGUCCCGUCCUUUCAGCCUCCCCUCAUAGGGCUUUGUUUCCAGACCCCUGAUCAUCCCCAUCUCUGUGUUCAGGGCUGUAUUAAAGCUGGAGUGGAAUAUUUGCAUUGAAUAGUGGUGGCGGUGGUGGGAGUGUUUCCCUGCGGAAAAGGGCGGUGAUUCUGACGGAGACAAAGCCGCC